UCUGUCAUGUGAUCAGGUGUGUCCAAUCACAGCUGAUCACUGAUGAUCAGUGCCCUGAUUAUCAGUGUAGCCCCAUCAGUGCCACCUGUCAGUGCCCAUCAAUGCCUCAUACCAGUGUCUACCAGUGCAUAUCAAUGCCACAUAUCAGUGCCCAUCAGAACUGACUUUCAGUGUCACCUAUCAGUGUCAGUCAGUGCCACCUAUCAGCGCCACUAAUCAGUGCCACCUGUCAGUGCCAGGCAGUGCCACCUGUCAGUGCCGCCUAUUAGUGCCCAUCAGUGCCACCUAUUAGUGCCCAUCAGCGCCGCCUAA